AUGUCUCAAGCACUCGCAACUGCGUCAUCCGCGACUCAAAAUGGCUUCAAUACAAGACUUCUUUGGCCAGAUAUGGUUAGAACACCGGAAAAUUCGUGGUCUUCGUCAUGUAAGGAGAUAGUUGACAAGCUGGGGACAAACCCACAUAAAGCACACGACACCAAGAAACGUAUGGAGAAGUGCCUCAUGUACUUUUACGUCAUGAGAAAGAAUUUGAAGCUGUUUGAUCAUACCUACACUGCUGCCUGCAUUUUAUUUUUCCGGUAUUGGUAUGUUUUUGGGCUACCGCCUACUCUCCCGGAUUGCAUCCACUUAUCGCAAGCUCUUCUGGUAACUGCUUGUAAAACGAUGGAAAAUAACCGACCUAUAGAUGCGUUUGUGAAAGGAACAUGCGAUUUCUUGAUGAAAGAUAUUCCAACUUCUAGGGGCAGACAGAACAUAGAAAAACUUAGAUGGGAUCUCAGAGACAAGUUAGUGAGUUACGAAAAGCAAGUACUCUGUCAGAUGGGCUUUGACUUAAAUCUCCAUAACCCAAAGGAACUAAUCGAGGAGAUAUUUAGUGGGUAUUUUAGGUAUAACAGAGACUUUGACAUGUCCGAAAAUUUCAAAAAAGUAUUCCCCAAAAUCAUUCAGGAGGCACGCAACUUCAUCAUACAGGCAGGGACUCAACCUGUUUCCCUUCUUUGUGAUGGAUAUACAUUUACAGUCCUCUCUCUCAUAUUUUGUGGCCUACAAUAUAAGAAAAACGUCGAUACGAAUUUCAGGUUUCCAAAGAAUUUCUUUUCAGAUCGUUUCCCUGUGAAAGUUGUUCCCCAGCAAUUUGUCAGUCUCUUCACAGAUUACAGAAUUCUUGAGGAGAACUUCUUCGACUUGAAAAGUAACAAGGGCGAGAAACUUCAGAUAACUACGGAAGAAAUUAAUGACCUUAUUGAAGAAGAGGGAGAUGAUCUGUCCGAUGAGGAACAGAACCUCAAUCCUUAUGUCUAUGAGCACAUUAAAUCAGGCAUUGUGAGGAAAGAAUUACUGGACCAUAUCGAAUUACGCAUAAAGGAGCUAUAUAAAAAGGCACAAGGAGAGAGCAAUUCCUCAGAAAAAAGGCCAUUUAGUGAAGUGGAACAAACGGAAGAUCAUUCUAAAAAGAGGAAGAUUUGA